UCUCAGCUCAGUCGUUUCCAAAAGCAAGAGCAAAGCCGCAUGUUUUUUUGUUUUUUCCCCCUGUGUGGUUUUAAGUUGGUCUACAACUUUCCAAUGUGCAGCUUUCUUUUGUUGCUCCUUUCUUUUCAAGUUGCGCCUCCCACAGUGUUUUGCAUCCUUGCAAGUGUUGCAGAUGAUGAUGCCUUGAUUACGAAUAUAGCACACGUAACUGCCUCUGAAGUAAGAAUUUUUGGAUGCAUCUUAUCACAAUGAAGACCCUCAUGUGGUUUCCACUGGUGCUGGGUGCUCUGCAGCAGACUGGAGCAGAGCUGAUCCACACCAAAACGGGCCAGAGGGUCACCAUCACGUGCGGCCUUGGCGACUUCGCCAGCAGCUUGGUGUGGCGUCACAGCGACGACCUGGUUGUCCAGAUUAGCGGCAAGACUCACAUGCUGCUCAGAGGCACCAAUGCCAUUGGGUCCAGGUCAAAGGUGAGGCAGGAGACUAAUCUGGAGAUCACCGCGGUGGAGGAAGGCGACGCCGGACAAUUCACAUGCUUUGUAGACAAUAAGUUGAAAGUGCACACGCUUGUUGUUGUCUCCGUGUUGGUGGAGCCUGCGGGUGACCUGUGGCUGCACAGUUUGGCAGUGCUGCAGUGUUGGGUGGCCGGGUUGCCCUCGGACACAGUGGUGCACUGGAGAAGGCCCGGCGGUGCUCGUCGAUGGGACCGCGGCAUUGCUCGCCUCGACCCGGUGGAGGCGUCCCAUGCGGGGAAGUGGCAGUGUGUCUUCUACCAUGAGGUGGCCGAGUACACGGAGGAAAUAGAGAUUGACGUGAAAAACAUUUACAUGACAACCAGCACGCCAAGCACAAAGGACUUGGGUUAUUCCUCCCCCCCCCGUGUCCAGCCUGCACUUUCCAAGCUGGGCUGGUGGCUUCUGGUCGCUGGUAGCCUGGUGGUGCUCCUGCUGCUCAGCUUGGUUCUGCUUUUGUUUGGCCAAAUCAGAAGAAGGAAGAAAAGAUUCCUGCAGAUGAAGAACGCCAGAAAGCCGAUGAACGCCCGCCACUACUGCCAGUGUCGCUGUCCGACAGCUGCUGCAGUGCCACUGCGGCCAGAGAAGAAGAAGAAGAAGAAGCCCCCUCUCCUCCCACUGACGCACUGAAGAAGCAAAGCGACUGAAGAAAAAUAAAGAUUGGGCUAAGGAGAGAAAGAGAAUUACUGAUGUUUCUGAGUAUGAUGAUGACGAUUGUGAUGCUUUCUUUACCAGUUAUGUGAAUGUAAAUAAGAUCAACAUGGACUUAUUUACAUACAUGCGACAUAUGAAUAAGUUACAGUGCAUUUCGAAAUGCAAGCCGCUUUUGAUGCAUUUUCAUUUAGUGUGAAAUUUAGUGUGUAAUUUUCAUUACUCUGUUGUCCUGGAUUCCAUUAUAAUCAAAUGAACCUCGAGACACGUUAAAUUAGGGAAAGUGUGACAGCCUGAAAGAGAAACGCAGACAUCAAAUCAAAGUCUAGAUUGGGUACCAGUAAGAACAACAUUAAUAAGUUUAGAGUUUAGGACAGCAUUUUCCAUUAAGAUCAGCCCGUCCAUGAUUGACAAAUCAGAAAGAAGGGGUUUUGCCAAAUUUUUGUUUAUAUGCCCGUAUUUUGCCCAUUGUGGUUCAGUCUCUCAGAGAAGAUGUUGUUCUUCUGCCUUUGAGAAUAAAUUCUUUGUGAUCUGACCAUCUUGGAAUCCAGCCUAUUUUUCCUGUUGGGCUUUCAUUUCUAUUUUUACACAAGCUCCAGAGUUUGA